CCCGCCUUCCCCCCGCCCCGCCGGAGUCAAUCAGUGGGAGGAAGAUGGCGGCGCUCAUUCCCCACAGCCAGCAGCUUUUGACUGGGAAUCCAUUGUAUGAGACUUAUUACAAACAGGUAGAUCCAACAUACACAGGGAGAGUUGGGGCUAGUGAAGCUGCACUGUUCCUUAAAAAAUCAGGUCUUCCAGACAUUAUCCUUGGAAAAAUAUGGGAUUUGGCUGACCCAGAGGGUAAAGGCUACUUGGAUAAACAGGGUUUCUAUGUUGCAUUGCGACUCGUAGCAUGUGCACAGAAUGGCCAUGAUGUUAACUUGAGCAAUCUAAACUUGACUAUACCACCUCCUAAAUUUCAUGACACUAGCAGUCCCUUAUUGAUCACACCUCCUUCAACAGAGGCUUACUGGGCUGUUAGGGUGGAAGAAAAAGCAAAGUUUGAUGGUAUUUUUGAAAGCCUUUUGCCAGUAAAUGGUUUACUUUCAGGAGACAAAGUAAAACCAGUACUGAUGAACUCAAAGCUGCCUCUUGAUAUCCUAGGAAGGGUCUGGGAUCUCAGUGAUAUUGACAAGGAUGGACACCUGGACAAGGAUGAAUUUGCUGUGGCAAUGCAUUUGGUAUAUAGAGCUCUUGAGAAGGAGCCAGUUCCCUCAGUAUUACCCCCCACACUUAUACCACCUUCCAAAAGAAAGAAGGCGCCAGUUUUUCCUGGUGCAGUUCCUGUUCUUCCUGCAAGUCCUCCACCUAAAGAUAGCCUUCGUUCUACCCCAUCCCAUGGUAGUGUAAACAGCCUGAAUAGCACAGGAAGUUUGUCACCCAAACACAGCAUCAAGCAAACACAGCCAUCUGUGAAUUGGGUGGUACCAAUAUCUGAUAAGGUGCGAUACGAUGAAAUUUUCUUAAAAACUGAUAUGGACAUGGAUGGCUAUGUGAGUGGCCAAGAAGUGAAGGAUAUUUUUAUGCACUCAGGCCUGUCUCAAAAUCUUCUAGCACAUAUAUGGGCAUUGGCAGACACAAGACAGAUGGGAAAGCUAAGCAAAGAUCAGUUUGCACUAGCCAUGUAUUUCAUUCAACAGAAGGUCAGUAAAGGGAUUGAUCCUCCACAGGUGUUGUCCCCAGAUAUGAUCCCUCCUGGAGAGAGGAAUACUCCCAUACAAACUCUGUCAGGUUACUUGACCACUGUAGGAACUGAGAUCUCUGCACUAACAGAAAUGCGUCGUGAUAGUUCAAGUUCUGUUGGAUCAGGAGAAUUUACAGGGGUGAAAGAAAUUGAUGAUAUUAGUCAAGAGAUUGCACAUCUGCAGAGAGAGAAGUAUUCACUAGAGCAGGACAUUAGAGAAAAGGAGGAAUCAAUUAGACAGAAAACCAAUGAAGUUCAGGAACUGCAAAAUGAUUUAGACAGAGAAAUAAGUAACUUGCAAGAGCUGGAAGCUCAGAAACAAGAUGCUCAAGACCGUCUAGAUGAAAUGGACCAGCAGAAAGCCAAACUGAAAGAUAUGCUCAAUGAUGUGAGGCAGAAAUGCCAGGAAGAAACACAGAUGAUUUCAUCAUUGAAAAUGGAGAUUCAGUCUCAGGAAUCAGAUUUAAAAUCACAGGAAGAUGAUCUGAAUAGAGCUAAAGCAGAGCUGAAUCGUCUCCAGCAAGAAGAGACUCAGCUAGAACAAAGUAUCCAAGCAGGAAAAGUGCAACUUGAAACAAUAAUUAAAUCUUUAAAAUCAACACAGGAAGAAAUUAAUCAGGCAAGAAGUAAACUUUCUCAACUUCAAGAGAGUCACCAGGAAAUCAGUAAAAGUAUUGAACAAAAUAAUGACGCUCUGAAUGGGAUUCAUGGUGGUAGUAUGACGAAUUUAGCGGACAUAAGUGAAGGAAUUGCACAGAAAGAAAGAGGCAAUUUUGGAGCUAUGGAUGAUCCCUUCAAGAAUAAAGCUUUAUUGUUUAGUAAUAAUACACAAGAAUUGCAUACAGACCCAUUCCAGGCCGAAGAUCCAUUCAGAUCUGAUCCUUUUAAAGGAGCAGACCCUUUCAAAGGCAAUGAUCCAUUCCAGAAUGAUCCCUUUUCAGAUCAACCACCUGUUUCAACAGACCCAUUUGGAGGGGAUCCAUUUAAAGAAAGUGACCCAUUUCAUAGUUCUGUCUCUGAGGAAUUUUUUAAGAAACAGGUGAAGACUGAUCCAUUUACCUCAGAUCCAUUCACAAAAAAACCCACGCUUCCCUCAAAGCCUGACCCCUUUGAAAGUAGCGAUCCUUUCACAUCUUCAAGUCUCUCUUCAAAAGGCCCAGAUCCUUUUGGAACGUUAGACCCGUUUGGAAGUGGUGCCUUCAGUAGCAAUGAGGGUUUUGCAGAUUUUAGCCAGAUGUCAAAGCCUACAGCUUCAGACCCUUUCACCUCCUCUUUUGGAGGGAUGGGAUUCUCAGAUGACCCUUUUAAAAGUAAGCCAGACACUCCAGCUCUCCCACCGAAGAAAAAUGUUCCUCCACGACCCAAGCCACCUAGUGGUAAAAGUACUCCUGUAAACCAGCUCGGGUCUGCAGAUUUUACCAAGCCCAAUGAUCCAUUCCAGCCAUUUGGGGCUGAGAGCAGUGACCCGUUUCAAACUAAAAAGGGGUUUGGGGACCCGUUUAGUGGAAAAGAUCCAUUUGCUCCCUCCUCUUCAAGUAAAACUUCUAAAGACUCUUCCUUGGGGUUUGCAGACUUCAGCUCUUUUGGAAAUGAGGAGCAGCAGCUGGCCUGGGCAAAGCGAGAGAGUGAGAAAGCAGAGCAGGAGAGGCUGGCUCGAUUGCGAAGACAAGAACAGGAAGACCUUGAAUUGGCUAUUGCACUCAGUAAGGCUGAUAUGCCAGACUCUUAAAUACAAGUCUUGGGGCUCUACCCAAUCCCAGUCAAACCCUUUAAAAAGGGUUUUGUAAAAUUCUUGUUUUAUGUUGUGAAGUAAUUGUAGUCACCUUUAAGACAAAGCAUAACAAGAUUGGCUGGUUAUAUCAAACUGGGCUUUCCAUGGCUUUUCAAAUACACAAUGCACAGGAAACACACUGUAAAAAUUGUAUUAUACUUCCUAGAUAAAAGUUACUGCUUGUAAGAAAUUUAACAUAUGACCCUAAGGUACUGAAAGCAAAGUUUCUUUACAAUGCAGACAGUGAUUGCAUACAAUAAGCUGCAAUUUGUGAAUCUGGCUUUUAUUACCUGAAUUCCAUUGUCAUUGUUUUGAGGCUGCAGUAUGAGUAAUAAAAUUAUAGAAAAUGGCGCUUGAAAAAAAAGUAUAUUUGUAAAAUUAUCACUUAGUUUUCAGUUCUUUUUGUUACAUUUAUUUAAUUACUUAUAGUCGGCCAAUGACCACCUAGCUCAAAGACUUGAGGGCAAAUUCUUUCUUAGAUGGUCCCCUUUCAUCACUGAGAUAUGGCUUAUCUUAUGAAAGAAACUCUGAUUAUUUAUAUAUUAAAUGCAUAGUGACACAACUCAUGUAGAGUCAAUAAUAUUUUGAAUUCAGAGCCUAUGAGAAUUAAUACCUUUUUCUUAUUUAAACAUGAUUAUUGGCAUAAGAGUUUUUUAAUAUUUAUACAUGGUGGUAUUGAAAGGAAUGAUCCUGAUAUAGUAAAUUAGACAAAUGAUGACUCAGUUCUAAAUCAUGGGAUAAAAUACAGAUUAAUUCCAUGAACGAGCAUUAAGACAGGAAUCAUCGUGUUUGAGGCUUUUUCUACAUAAUGUUGCACAAUUUCACACUUUUUAAAUUUUAAUUUUUAACUGUAAUCUUCCCUGCAACCAUAUUUUCCCUUCAUUUGCUCCAACAAGCAGAAUAUAGGGCUAUUAUUUGUAUUAUCCAAUUGACUAUGUUACAAUCUCUACCUCGGAAAUGAUUUAAGUGUGUGGUCCUAUUUUUAAAUAUUAUAGUUGAUGAUUAAUCUCACUGCCCUUCAUUUAAAGUUAUACAACUGUUGUAUAGACUAGAAAGUUUAAUUUAAACUAGCCCAAGUUCACACAGAUUUUAUUUGCCAGAUAGAUUGAAUAAAUGGAUAUUCAUGCAAAAGUUACAGCAAUAUUUGUAGAACAGAGAGGCUGUUUUUUUAAGCCUAUCUACUGAUAGCACUAAUUAGGCCAGUAUGUCCAGCUUUUGUGUAGACUUCCAGAAUUCAGGGGGGAUGUUACAUGUAUUUUAUAGAGGUAAUGCAAUAUGUAUUUUACGUGUCAUGGAUAUAAAAUGAGUACUUAUGGUA